AUCACUGAAACUAAUAUCUCUCUGCUUCCUCCUUAGAACUUCUAUUUGCUUCUCUUGCAUUCCACUUUUAUUCAUUUGAAGUAGUGAGAUUGACUCCAGAGAUAAAACAAGAAAGAGCAACAAAGCAACAGCAUGCGGUGGUGGUUGUGUCUUUCUGCUUAUGUUUUUCGUACAGUAGUAGUCUUCUGUCGUGUGAUUCUGUAAACUGCGAUCUUACUUCAGACAUAGCUUUUUUAUGUAAUGGGGUCGUCUUUUUUCUUCACAUUCCCUUACUUUGUCCGCCAAAUUAUUUAAGACUUCGUUUGGAUACUCUGUUUUGGGAGAAGGAAUCAGUUGGGGAGAAAGUAGUUAUGGUUUGUCAAUCAGCGGGACAGACAAGAUUUCGUACACUCAAACACGAACACGGUAUCACAGGAAACAUUGUAGUUAGAGUCAUUGCAUGCUUUCAACCUCUCCAAGAUUGCCAGGCUGAAUAUUUCCGUCAAUUGUUGAAGCCCGUCACGUAGAGUAGCUCGAUACUUAUCGUUCUUGUUUCAAGCCUAGUUUCUUCUAUCCAUUUAGUUGUUGAUUUGUUUAGUGUUGGAUGGGACAAGAUCGUGGGUUUGGGUUUCCUACUCAGCGCUUGUGUUCCUUGUCUUCCCUAGCUCUGUCUCAUCUCGGGAAGCAAGACUUGAAUUUAGUAUCUAAAACCUGCGGCGACACCACCGACAUGUUUUCUACUCGUGGAUCUUAUCAAGUUUCUACCCAAGUCUCUCAAUCCUAUUUUGAUGGGUAUUGUGGAUGGGUUCAUGGGUCAUCCCACCUACAGCAGCAGUUCUUGCCUCCUCAAAACCAAUGUAUGAAGCAAGUACCUCUUCAAGUAGACGGUGUUAUAUCUAAAGCUGAGGAACAAUGUAGUCAGAAGAGGUUCCUAGUGUUUGAUCAGUCUGGAGAUCAGACGACUUUGCUACUCGCUUCCGAUAUACGGAAAUCUUUUGAGACCCUAAAACAGCAUGCCUGUCCUGAUAUGAAGGAAGAGCUCCAAAGAAGCAACAAAGAUUUGUUUGUUUGUCACGGAAUGCAAGGAAAUAGCGAACCGGAUUUGAAGGAGGAUUCGGAAGAACUAAAUGCAUUGCUUUACUCUGAAGAUGAGAGUGGUUAUUGCUCUGAAGAAGAUGAGGUUACAAGCGCAGACCAUUCCCCAAGCAUUGUAGUAUCAGGCCGUGAGGACCAAAAAACAUUUCUUGGAAGCUAUGGACAACCAUUAAAUGCUAAAAAGAGAAAGAUACUCGAAACCUCGAAUGAGAGUAUGCGGGACGCUGAAUCGAGCUGUGGUAGUUGUGACAACACAAGGAUUAGUUUUCUGAAACGUUCUAAGCUGUCUAGUAACAAGAUAGGAGAAGAGAAGAUAUUUGAGACUGUAAGCCUCUUGCGCAGUGUAGUCCCCGGGGAGGAACUGGUGGACCCGAUCUUAGUCAUCGAUAGAGCCAUUGAUUACCUUAAAUCAUUGAAGAUGGAAGCGAAAAAUCGAGAAGCAUGAGGUUCUUUGUUUGUAGGAUACCUAAGACAUAUUAGCAUUGGCAAGUGGACUUGGUUUCUAAACAAAGUAGUAGACAUAUUGGACCGUGGUACUCUUGUCAAGCUACAAAGGGAUCAGGUUGUUGCUAGUUGGAAGAUAAACCAAAUAAUGUUUCGGAGUUGCAAGAGAAGGAAUUGAUAUUAAAAUGCAAAUUGAAUAUUUCAUAUUAGUUGAUGAUUAAGAUGGAUUGCGAAAUUUUAAUUUCAGUCGUUUAGCUGUUUGUUAUAUCAUGUAGUUGCUUCUUCUUUUUCUAUAAGAUUUUGUCGGUGUGGUUGUUAUUGUUCAUCUGUGAGUCGUGUG